AUGCCCAUCAUGACUCCAGGUUCUCGCAUUUACGGCAAGAGCGUCUUCAAGUUGGCCUCCCAUGGCUACCGCCUCGCGGCCAAGAAGCCUCACCCAAGUCGUCUCACUUCAUACAAGGGAGGAGACGGCUACAAGAACUCCCAUGACAAGAUCGACGCUCGCUUGUUCGCGUGGCUGAAUAUUGUCGUCAUUCCGGCUGGAUGCCUGGGCUUGGGUCUCUACUGGGGAUACCGCCAUGAACCCAUGGAUAAAAAGGGUCGCGAGGAACUCGAUGUUCUGCUACACACUUCCUUCUGUACCAAGUAG